AUGGGAAAAGAUUACUAUCAAAUUUUAGGAGUUGAUAAAAAUUGUAGUGAUGCUGAACUUAAGAAAGCUUAUAAGAAAUUAGCAUUAAAAUGGCAUCCUGAUAGAAACAUUAAUAAUCAACAAGAAGCUAGUGAAAAAUUUAAAGAAAUUGCAGAAGCAUAUUCUGUACUUUCAGAUCCUAAAAAGAAAGAAAUAUAUGAUAGAUAUGGAGAAGAAGGAUUAAAGAAUGGUAUGGGUGGUGCAGGAGGAUUCCCAGGAGGAUUUUCAUUUGGAAAUGUUGAUCCAAUGGAUAUAUUUGAACAAUUUUUUGGAGGAAGAAAAAGAGGAGGAAUGCCAAAAGGAUUUUCAUUUAAUGUUGGAGGAAUGCCAGGAGGAAUGCAUUCGUUUAGUAUGGGAGAUGAAGAUGAAUAUGGAUAUGGAUAUAAUCAAGCUAAACGACCAGUAAAAGCAGAUGAUGUUAUUGCAAAUUUAAAUUUAACAUUAGAAGAAUUAUAUAAAGGAUGUACAAAAACAAGAAAUAUUACAAAAAAUAUUACAACAAGUAAUGGAAUUACAAAUAAAAAGACAAAUACUGUUGUAAUUAAUGUUAUGCCAGGAUGGAAAGAUGGAACUAAAUUAAGAUAUGAAGGAUAUGGAGAUGAAGAACCAGGUGUUAUUCCAGCAGAUAUUGUAUUUGUAGUUAAAACAAAAGAACAUCCAUUAUUUAAACGUGAAGGAGAUGAUUUACAUUGUACAAUAAAUAUUACAUUACUUCAAGCAUUAACAGGAUGUGAAAUAGAAAUUCCACAUUUAGAUGGAACAACAAUUAAAAGAAAAUUUGAUAAAAUUCUUACAAAUAAUUCAACAGAAACAAUUUAUGGAAAAGGAAUGCCAAUUAGAAAAUUCCCAGGACAAUAUGGUAAUUUGAUUGUUCAUUUUAAUAUUCAAAAUCCAACAUAUUUAAGUCAAGAACAAAAAGAUGAAUUAAAGAAAGUAUUGUCUAAUAUAAAUAAUUGGGCAUAA